GAGCAAUACUUUUGUAUGCAACCUUAUUUAUAUCUUGUCAGCGUAUUUCUGUUUACUCGGUCUUGACCACUUUUCUCCUUUCUCAGCCUUUCUUUACUUAUGUUUGCCAAUUAUCGGGUCGCUUUCCCCCGUCUACGGCACCUGUUCCUUCUUCAAAAUGAAAACGUUCAGAAAAGACCCUUCAGUAAGCUACACUAAUCUUUCCUGCCCUUUUGUCUAAAUAAUUCGCAGCUAUGUCAUUCGUGAGCGCACAGGUGACCUCAUUCGCACGUCGUCUUUAUAAUACUCAUCCGAUGAUCGUUUUCACUCGUGUCUCUCAGCCACCAACCACGAUGUCUGUUCUCAAAGGAAGCUGCCACUGCAGUGCUGUUAGGUUCUCGCUCAAGUCGAAUACCGCUGUUCCAUAUCAGCUUUGCUUCUGUUCUAUCUGCCGCAAAGUCGCUGGUUCCGGGGGUGGAACCAUUAACUUGGGAGGGUACUCGGAUACACUGGAAGUCCAGCAAGGGAAAGAGUAUAUCAGUGUUUACAAAGCCGUCUUGGACCGAGAUACGCCUAAAGAGCGGAUCGCUACGUCCGAGAGAAGCUUUUGCUCGAAGUGUUCGACAAUGCUUUGGGUGUAUGAUAAGACUUGGCCUGAACUGAUCCAUCCCUUCGCGGGGGCGAUUGAUACGCCUUUGCAAGCACCGAAGAGUAUGGUUUGUAUUAAACUCAACUCCAAGCCGGACUGGGUUCGCCUGCCCGAAGGAGAGAAAGAAAUCUAUGAGGAUUACGGCCCGCUUUCUUUGGAGGAGUGGCACAAGAAACAUAACUUGUACUGAGAUCCUAUUC